AUGAGUUUAACAGGUUAUGGGCCCAGUCACAGUCACGGCCGCUUAUUGUUCGACGGUGAUGAACGAAAGUACGAGUUAUGGGAAGUAAAGUUUCUAGGGUAUCUAAGGCUCAAAAAAUUAAGCGAUACCAUACAAGGACCAUUGGCUGAUGAUGCGUCUGAAGAACAACUACGAACAGACACAACCAAAAAUGCGGACGCAUUUGCCGAACUGAUACAAUCGAGAGAAGAAUCUGUGACAGAUUACAUGCUGCGGGCAGAGACAGCAUCCACAUCUCUAAAAUCCGCUGGGGAAACCAUAAGUGAUAGUUUACUGAUCGCGAUGAUAAUCAAAGGACUACCUACGGAAGAGUAUAAAGCGUUUUCAACUGUGGUAACGCAAAGAGACAAAGAACAAUCGUUUAGCGAGUUUAAAGUCUCAUUAAGAAGUUUUGAAGAGACCCAAAAGCUAUCAGAAAAAGGAAACCCAAAAGAAGAUAGCGUCUUAGAAGUUCUCGGUAAAUCUGGCAAGCAAGACAAAGGAAAAAUCAUCUGCUAUGGGUGUGGAAAACCAGGACAUAAAAUUUCAGAAUGUCGUUCAAGAAACCGCUGGUGCGCUGUUUGUAAAAACAACACCCACAACACGGAAAGAUGCCAAAAGAAGAGGACAAGGAAACCGACAAACGAUGCCUCGAAAUUCGUAAGAAAUAAUAAUUAUUAUGAUAGUGAGCACGAUGAUCAGUCAUAUCUUUUCGGAGUAGGUGUUGAUAUAGAUAAUAUUGAUAAGGUUAAUGGUAUAUUAGUUGAUUGUGGGGCUACAACACACAUAGUGCAUGAUGUUAGCAAAUUUGUUAAGUUUGAUACGCAAUUUAAUCCUGAAAGGCACUUCAUUGAGUUGGCAGACGGGAAAAGGUCAAACAACGUUGCGCAGAAAAGGGGUGAUGCUGAGGUGGAAAUCUGUGAUGUUGAAGAUUGGGCUUCGUCAGAAGACAGGCGUAGCAUCACAGGGUAUGGAUUUCAGUUGAGUGAGAAUGGACCUUUGGUUUCUUGGAAAAGUCGAAAGCAAGCAACAGUGGCUCUGUCCACUUGCGAGGCUGAAUACAUGUCACUUGCUGCUGCUGUGCAAGAGGCAAAGUUUCUUUUCCAAUUGUUGAAAAGCUUCCUAGAUACAUCCAGAAAUGUGUUUGAUUCUAUCAUUCUAUAUUGCGAUAAUCAGGGUGCAUUAGCAUUAGCUAAGAAUCCAGUCCAACAUCAAAGAUCUAAGCAUAUAGAUGUACGAUAUCAUUUUGUAAGAUCUGAGAUUGAGAAACAUUUGUUAAAAGUAAUGUAUGUUCCAUCGAAUGAUAAUUUGGCUGACAUAUUUACGAAGCCAGUCACAGGAUCAAAAAUGAAAGUAUUUCUGAAACGUAUCCUAGCAGAGUAAACUCAAUUUUUGUAAAUAGUUAUAUUUCUAUCAAUGUUAAUAUUAUAUGUUUAAGUGGGGGUGUUAAGAUAAACAUUAAUAUUCCGAUGACGUCAGUCUAUCUAUGAACACGUGUCAUGAUCACAUGAACACUAGCAGGAUAAAGUUUUUGUUUCAUGUAGUUUUUAAGUUAGUUGUUAGUUGUUAGU